AUGUCAAGCUUGAACUCUCGCGCCGGAUGGAAGUACGGAAAUGUCGGCUCUGGCACGAGUGCAACCGAGAUGAGCCGCGGAAACAUCAAAGGCCUUCACAUGCAUACCGAACUUGGGAAGCGGGGCGGUCAAGAGGUAUUUAUCGAUGUAGAAUCUCAUGAGAUGAUCGACGUCCUAGAGUCAGACAAGAUGCCAUCUCCAUCAGAUUCGUCGACACUGAAGAUGUACCCGCUAGAGAAGGAAGGGCGUAUGAGCGUUGGUCAGGCUCCAUCCAGGCCAUCCGUUGCACAGUGA